CGCUGGUUUGGGUUACAUUCAAAAGGCUUCCUUUUUUCCUUUCUGACCAUAGCACCUUAUUCUCCAUAGUCAGUGCACUUGGAACCCCAAUCCAGAUGGAUGAUACCACAGCUCGUGGUGGGUACUUCCAGACGGCUAGGAUCCUUUUGGAGUUGGAUGUUUCUAAACCCAAACUUUCUUCUUUCCUGAUUCGAACAAGCACUUGGGAAAGAACGGUGGAGCUUCUGUAUGACCUCCCCUUAUACUGCAAUUGCUGUAAGCGGAUGGGUCACUUCUGCAAACCAAUCUCAAAGCCCGCCGGAAAAGUCCUCGCCGGCGGGACAUCCAAUGAGAGGCUUCAGUCCACCAAGAGCCAUCCAAAAUCCAGUCAGGAUUGGAUCAGGGUUCAGAGUAAGAAGGAAAGAACAAGUCACAAAAGGACAACCAACAAAAAGCCAACAUGGGUGGCCACUUGCUCCAUAUUGCCAAACACGAAGGACAGCCAACCUACUACACUUCCAUAUACUACUGUCCCCACUUCUUUGAAACCCUUGGUAUCUAGCAGAUCAAGGUCCCCAAGUCCAUGUGAGGCACCUAGCUCAAAUCGUUUGGUUGGGGACAUGCACUUCGUACAAGAUGCAGCCCCCUUGUCCAAGCAUCCAUGUCCCCCCUCCACUAUGGUCAAGGUGGCAGUAGCUUCCAACGAACACACAUCCACCAUUGAUUCAUUAGCUCUCCUAUCUACUGUGGUUGAGAACAACAGCCCGGGCACUCCGGUGUGUAUUCACUCAGAUGGGGAAGGGGAAAGGCUUCUGAAUAAAAGCCCCAUAGCUGCUCUUGAGGGAAAAUUCACGCAGUUCAAAGAGAAUGCUUUAUCCUUCAUGAAGGGUAGAGGAAAAAAAACCCCUAUGGCUCCUCUUAGCAUGACUCUGAGGAGCAAAGCUAGAACUCUUCACUCCUCCUAUUAAUGAUCUUGAU